CAAUAAAAUGGACGGUAAUACCACGAACCGCCCCAUCUUCUGACUCAACAUGCCGCUGACGUUAUCUUAAUGCAUCGUUCAUCCUCCAGAAUCGAGGACACUUUGACACCCAAAGCAGCCUGCAAACAAGGUAAAAAGAUGGAGAGUGAGAAAAAGAGGAGGAAGUACUCCACCAGCAGCAAUGACUCCGACACCACUGACAGUCACGUGACCACCUGGUCAAGAUGCUCCAAGAACACGGGGACCAAUAGCACCUGGGUGCGACAGGAGCAGAAGAAACCGUCAGAGGUGUUCCGGACCGACUUCAUCACCGCCAUGAAGCUCCCCGACUCGGCGCAGUUGAGCCCCGAGGAGUUCUACGUGCUGUCCGACCCCUGGCGGCAGGAGUGGGAGAAAGGGGUGCAGGUCCCAGCCAACGUGGAGGCCAUCCCAGAGCCCGUGGUCAGGGUGCUGCCCGAAGUGAGCCGGAUCCCCUUCUACUCGACGUCCCAGAGCAGGGGGUUCGCCGAGUCGGGACAGGGCGAGACGCGACCCCCCGCGGAGCAGCUGAUCCAGUACGACCUGGACGACCUGGACGUGUCCUGGCUGGAGCUGGUCAAUGCGGAGUUCAGGGAGCUGGCGCUGCCUGAGCUGGACGAGCUGACCAUGGAGCGCGUGGUGGUGGAGCUGGAGAGCCGUUGUCAGGACAACAUGCAGCUGGCCAUCGAGACGGAGGAGGGGCUGGGCAUCGAGUACGACGAGGACGUGGUGUGCGACGUCUGCCGCUCACCCGAGGGAGAGGACGGCAACGAGAUGGUCUUCUGCGACAAGUGCAACAUCUGCGUGCACCAGGCCUGCUACGGAAUCCUGAAGGUGCCCCUGGGCAACUGGCUGUGCCGCACCUGCGCCUUAGGGGUGCAGCCCAAAUGUCUGCUGUGUCCCAAGAGAGGCGGAGCCUUGAAGCCGACCCGCAGCGGCACCAAGUGGGUCCACGUCAGCUGUGCCUUAUGGAUCCCCGAGGUGAGUAUAGGCUGUCCCGAGAAGAUGGAGCCCAUCACCAAGGUGUCCCAUAUCCCCGCCAGCCGCUGGGCCCUCUCCUGCAGCCUGUGCAAGGAACACACCGGCACCUGCAUACAGUGCUCCAUGCCCUCUUGCAUUGUGGCCUUCCACGUGACCUGCGCCUUCGACCACGGCCUGGAGAUGCGCACCAUCCUGGCGGAGAACGACGAGGUGCGCUUCAAGUCCUACUGCCUGGAGCACAGCAGCGCCCCCAACGGGAGCAGCAAGGCGGAGCGGGCCGAGCAGGCCGACCCGGAGCAGACGCAGGGGCAGGCCCAGGCGCAGCCAGAGACCCGGCCCGACAAGGACAAGCCCGACCAGACGGAGCUGGAGAAGGCCAGCCAGCGCAAGCAGAAGCUGCAGGAGCUGGAGGACGAGUUCUACCUGCUGGUGGACCCCAAGGACGUGGCGGAGAGCCUGGGCCUGCCCGACGCCCACGUCGACUUCCUCUACCAGUACUGGAAGCUGCGCAGGAAGUCCAACUACAACCAGCCGCUGCUCGCCCUCAAGAGGGACGAGGUGGACAACCUGGCCCAGCAGGAGCAAGACGUCCUGUACCGCCGUCUCAAGCUCUUCACGCACCUGCGGCAGGACCUGGAGAGGGUCAGGAACCUGUGCUACAUGGUGACUCGGCGUGAGAAGAUGAAGCACUCCCUGUGUGACCUGCAGGAGAAGAUCUUCCACCUCCAGAUCCAGCUCCUCCAGGAGGACCUUGCGGGAGAAAAAACCUUGAAGGGGGAGAAAGGAAGGCAGAACGGAGUGAAAGAGCGAGGGAAAGAGCGCAGGAAGAGCAGCCCGGAGAAGAAGGAGAGGUGGAAGGCGGAGAACGGGUCACUUCUCAAACAGCUGGGUUUCUCCAAGACCUUCCCCCUGGACGGGACGCUGUUCGACAGCUGGCUGGCGCAGUCGGUGCAGAUCACGGCAGACGACAUGCUGAGCCAGUGGUCGCUGGGCGGGGAGCACCGCGACAAGACGGCCAGCCUGCUGUCGGACCAGCUGCUGCAGGGCGAGGAGAGCCUGCUCAGCCUCAUGAUGGACCACUCCAUGAAGUCCACCUGGAAGACCCCGCACCUGGGCCGGAAGACCAAGGGCAAGCCCCGCGCCAAGGCCCACAAGCCCCUCCCCAACUCCGCCUCGGCCGCCGCGGGCGCCGCUGCCGUCGCCGCUGCCGCCUCGGCCGCCAGGGGCAACCGGGGCCUGCCGGAGGAGAAGGGCGGGGCCGGGGGGAGGAGGGCGGAGCGUUCCCGGUCCUCCAAGGCCCUGCACCACCACCACCACCACCACCUCCACCAGCACGCGCGGAGCAACGAGGCCAAGCCGGACGCCCCGCAGCCCCCCAUCUCCAAAAUGGACUCCUGCCACAUCUCGGAGGAGCACGAGGCCUGGGACAGCCAGGCCGCCCCUCCCGCGGAGCCCGGCUGCCCCGGCAUAGUGCCUAAGGCCGGGGGCGGGCCCCGCACCACACUCCGCCUCCGGCUGUCCAGGCAGGGGAAGGCCCGGUCGAAGGGCGGGGGCCAGGAGGGGGAGCGGCCGGAGCGGGACGCCGGGGCGAAGGACAGCUCCCUCUUCGACACGGAGACGGACGGAUAUUUCUCGGACGCGGAGCAGAGUGACACGGACACGCGCGCCAGCGGACGCAAACUGGGCCUCGGCCAGCUGCAUGCUGGGAAGGAGGACGUGGUCAGGAGGAGCGUGCUGGCCUCCUAAAAUUAAAAAAAAAAAAAAAAAAAAAAAAAAAAAA